ACUACAGCCUCUGGCGGAAUAUGAAGUACGGAUGACUUUGACAUAAGAGAGAGAGAUUCGAAGCGGGAGGUUAGAAUGAUGAUGUUACGUUUGGAGGAUUGUAAUUUUGGAUCCUGAAAGGCUGUUGCUGCAUAAUGGAUAAAAAUGUUCAAGGUACCAAUGACUACAGCACUGUCUCCAAGUACUCAAUGGUUAAACAAGGCUACUUUAAUGAUGAAUUCAUAUCAGAAUUUGUAUCGAAUUCAAAAUACAGCAGAAGAGCUCCAAUCAUUCACAUGGGCUAUUAUGCAAGAGCUGAAAUAAUUGAAGCCAUUUUGACACAGUUUGUGAGACAUGUGGGGAACUCUCAUAUACAAAUCAUCUCCUGUGGAGCUGGUUAUGAUACAACAUACUUUAGGCUUAAGAAGAACUUGCAAGAAGAGUUCAGUCUUACCUAUUAUGAAGUUGACUUCAUUGAAGUUAUUUCUCGCAAAACUGAGUGUAUUAGAAGAUCAAAAAUCCUCAGCAGUAUUCUUGGAUUAUGUAAUGACGACUUUUUUUCAACAGAUGUAAACUCUUGUACAACUGGUAUUCAUUCACAAGGAUACCAUUUGGUUGGAGGUGACCUCCGCUGCCAGAAUGAUAUUGAAAUUGUUCUAUCAAGCGCUGGCAUAUCAUGGGCUGCACCUACGUUGCUUUUGGCAGAAUGCUCCAUAACUUACAUGGAUGAAUCAAGCUCAACUAAACUUAUAGAAUGGGCAUCUACCAAGUUUCCUCAUGCAACAUUUGUCACCUUUGAACAAAUAUGUCCAGAUGAUGGAUUUGGGCAUGUGAUGAAACAUCAUUUUGAAUCUCUGGGCAGUCCAUUAUUGUCACUGAAUAAAUAUCCAGAUUUUGACUUGCAAAUCAGGCGAUAUAAAGAACACGGGUGGAGUGCAUGUGCAUCCAUGUCUGCAUAUGAGGCCUUAAAGCUUCUCACAGAGGAUGGCAAAGUGAAUAAUGUUGUGAGACUGGAACCAUUUGAUGAAUUUGAAAGUUGGCAUCUUAUGUGCUGCCAUUAUACUUUGACCAUAGCAUCCAAAGGGGUGCUGGAGAAUUGGUUCAGUGAUGAUAGGAAAAAAGAAAGUAUUAACAUGUCACAAAAUUUACUCUGUUAUUCUGAAGACAGUGCCCUCCAUUGGUCUGUGUUACCUGUCCAGGGGCGGAUACCAGAACGAUUUGGUCAUGCUAGUGGAAGACUGGACGAACAUUGCAUAGCACUAGUGGGUGGCUUCGGAAAGAGCUACAGUCAAGAACACAGCAGGCUCAGUGAAAUUAGUAUUGUUAAUACUACGGAUUUUACAGUUCAGCAUGUCACUCUUCAUUCUCCUCUUCCAAAAGGAGAUUCAUCACUGGCUGCAAUGCAUUCAACUUGCAUACCACUUCAUAAUGGGAGGCUUUUGAUAAUUGGUGGGCGCACUUCACCGACACGACCAGUGAACACAAAACCAGUAAUCCUGUCUGUGUGGAAUAAGGACAUGGAAGUUCUUGAUCUAAUUGGACCAUGUCCACGUUGGAGACAUACAGCAACACUCAUUGGCAGUGAGUCCACCACCCAGUUGAUUUUGCUCUUUGGUGGAAGAACUUCGAAUCUGAUUGUCCUGAAUGAUUUGUGGCAACUAAGUAUUCAGCAAAGGAUAUUCAGCCGGAUUAGCAAUGUGAGUAAAAACUGGCCAUGUGCCCGGUUUUCUCAUAGUGCAGUAGCUCUAAUGAGAUGUUCAUUGAUAAUCACUGGGGGUCUGAAUGAGAUCUUGCAGCCACUAAGGGACAUCUGGAUAUAUGAUACUGAAGAGGGCUCCUGGAAAGAGGUACAUGUAAAAGGACCACAAAUGUUACCACGGUACAGUCACACAUCAGCAGUAACUAGUGAUAACAAGUUUCUCAUAUUGCUUGGAGGGGUUAACACACAUACGACCCAUCAACCUGGAGUGUGUGUUAUCAAUUUACUGGAAAGAAAAUGCUACGAAUAUGCCUUACCAAACCAGGAUCCAGACAGGCCAAUAAUGUUACACAACCAUACAUCAGAAUUGAUAGAGGAUUCAAGAUUUCUAGUGUUUGGUGGUGGCGAUAAUUGUUUCUCAUUUGGCACAAGCUUUAACCCUGGUAUCAUUAACAUGGAGAUAUCUCAUUUGCUCCAUUGACAUAAUUUUACAUAAAAUACAGACUGGAAUUAAAAUGGCCAAAUGAACUAACAA